AUGACACCAUUUGAAGGUCUCUAUAGGCGAAGGUGUAAAUCAUCGAUUGUUUGGUUCAAAGUUAGUGAAGCAGAAUUGUUAGGGCCAGAUUUAGUCUAUCAGGCUAUGGAGGAAGUCAAGUUAAUUGAAGAGCGUUUGAAAAUGGCUCAGAGUCGCCAGAAGUCUUACACAGAUGUGAGACAGAGAGAUUUAGAGCUUGAAGUUAUUGAUUGGGUGUUCCUACAGGUUUCACCUAUGAAGGAUUGUAUGGGAGACCCGUCGUGGGUUGUCCCAAUUGAUAGCAUAACAGCUAAGAAUGGUUUGACUUAUGAGGAAGUUCCAGUGGCAAUUCUAGGUCGACAGGUUUGCAAGUUGAGAAAUAAGGAAGUAGCCUCAGUCAAGGUUUUAUGGAGGAGUCAGAAAGUUGUGGAAGCUACGUGGGAAGCAGAAGAGGACAUGAAGUCCAGAUACCCCCAUCUCUUUGAAGAGUCACAGAGAUACCGGUGA